AUGCGAGCGGAAUCACUGUCAACGCCCAGAGAUAGUCAGCUGGUCGAGACCGAUGUCGGCUUUGAGGGUGAUUCCAGUUUCACUGCCCAUUCGAAGCUGGCCGUCAUGGACUUCGAGAGCAGCCUCAAUAACUCCCCAUACUCCUCGAUCCAAGACGUUUCCGCUGCAGUUGCCACGCUAAGAGGCUUCUUGACCAAGAAUCUCAACAGUCAAGAUGGGAGCACCGGUUCUGAUCAAGAACCUCUGCUGCACGGCCACAGGUUCUUGUACGAAUGCCCUAUGUUGACAUUACAGGAGGUCACUACGCUCUGCCAGAAUCUGUACUUCCCCGCCGAGCCUUACACCAUCGCAACAUUCAUCAUUGUACACACGGCACUAUAUUACCUGUUCCGAGACUUACCAGUCAACGACAUGGAACAACUUCAUAUGGCCAGAUCAGAAGUCCAAUCCAUAGUCAACCUCUGCAUCAAAAACUCGGAAGUGGCAUGCCGGAAUCUGCGUUUAGUCAUGGACGCUUCUUAUGAAAACAUGCAAGCAUUGAUGAUGGGUGCUAUCUUUGCCAUGGAAGUGUCACGGCCCGCUCUUGGAUGGGCACUUAUUUCCGCUGCCUGCCGUAUGGGCCAAGAUGCAGGUUACCAUCGGCUUCCACCGUACUCAGUCGCCCCGGACCAAGAAACAACCAAGAAGCGACUAAUCUUUUGGUUUGUAUAUACCACAGAUCUGAGUAUGGCGUUCAAUUUCGGACGAGCCCCUAAUCUGCAUCGGUAUGACAUUAGCUUAGAACGUCCACAGCUACCCGAAGAAAUGGACAAUGAAUGGGGGGAAAUGUUCUACUUAUGGAUCGAUUAUGCCGACAUUCAGGGUGAUGCCUACGAGCAGCUGUACUGUGCCCGAGCGAAGUCUGAGCCUAUAGAAGUCAAGAUUCGCCACGCACGUUGCCUCGCCGAGCGCCUGCAUAAGCUCCGUGAGGGCUUCGAAAUCGACAGCACAAAUACACCUUAUGCCGAGCAAUUUCAAGAUGCACUGUUGUCUACGGACAUUGUCAUACUGUCAACGUUGACGCUCGUCUACCGGGUCAUCCCUCCAUCGGCGCCACAUCCAAAUCAAGUGCAUCAUCCACUGCAGGUUUGCAAGGAGGCUUUGUUGACAGCACGUCAGGCACUGGCCACCAGCAACGCAGCCUGGGAGAUCUUGAAAGACCGUACUGGAGAGGACUGGCGCGGAUUCAUUCACUGGAGUCUGCUGUGGUGCCCGUUCGUGCCCUAUCUUGUCGUUUUUGGCAACACGAUAGUUGAGCGCAACAGGCAAGACUUGGAAUUGCUUGAAAAGGUAGUAACUACGCUUCAGGGCUCGCAUCCGGAAAGCGCAAGAAUUGACAAACUUGAGAAAGGCUGCAAGUUCUUCAGCCAGAUUGCACGGAUAUACCUUGACCAGACCGAGGGAGCGAGCCAACAGCAAGUGCGCCAGCAUCAGAUAGGUGCCCAACAGUUUGACACGAUCGACACUCUGCCAGCAACAGUAAAUUCCAUGUCCUCAAUUUCGGCCCCCACCGGGACCUCGGCUUUUCAUCAACCAGAUGUUCAGAUCAUGGACGCUAUUCUGCCCGACCUUCCUCUUUCGCAACAAGCCUGGAACGGUAUGUUCGAGGAAUGGGACCUAGGCAUUGGUGCAGAGAAUGCACGAGAGAUGUCUUCAUAUUUUGAACACCUUGCUGGUAUUGGGUCUAUGUCUAACGUCCUAGGCGCUCCACAGCAGGAGCCUUUUGGUUAA